AUUUGUUUGGUGUUCCGUGCCCCCGGUGUGUGUGAUAUUCGGCGGUGAGCGUAAAACCCCUCAUGAAAGCCCGUGUUACGGGCCGAGCGCUGAAGUAUCGUCUCGUCCAUGACCAUCGGCACCACACCGUUACACGCCCUGGCGUGGCGCAAGCGACGCGGUGAAUGAAGAGCUUCUCCCGCAAACAUAGCCGCCACCGCCGCCGCCGCUCUCCUAAACAUGGCCGACAUGACGGAUAACCGGGCUUCGGCGCUCUGCAACCCGGCUGCGCUGCCGGUUGGCCUCUGAAAACGUCAGUUCGCUACCGUCUACGCGUACAAAGUGUGCGGGUGAAGUGAUCAACACGUGAAACGAAGACAGCAUGGAGCCGGCUACGAACGGCUGCAAAGAUGGCCCGACUCCACUUCUGGUGCAGAACCAUUCCGAAGGAACAACUCAGCAGGAAAAGAAAUCGCCUGAAAAGCACAGCGCGAAGGCUGCAGUGACCCAGGAUGCACCUGCCGUCACUCCGAGGGCAGCUCGUCACGCUAAUGCAAACAGCAAAGCGUCUGCGAAAAGCAGCACAGCAUCCGCCACAGCGUCUACGGGAAGCAAGGCUGCGUCCGCUACAGCCGCAGCCGCCGUGGGCAACUCCGAGGCCGCCACACCUUCGGCAGGAAGUCGCCGAACUCCACGUAACUGCGCCCCUGGUCCCACCGCCAGUGCUUCCGGCACAGCGGGACGGGUACCGGCAAAGCCACCGCCUCGUGAAUCCUCCGGCCGGCGAGGGGCUGCACCCAGUACAGCAGCGGAAAGUGCGCCACCCGCCAGCAGCCCUCCGCCAGCGGCAACGAAGGAGGCAGACACCACACCGCCGGCUCGGAGAGCCCGCAAACGCGAGAGUCCGCGAUCGCCGGGCUCCUCGUCCGACACGGCGGGCGGUGGGGGUUCGGGGCGGGCGAGCAAGCGGAUGCGGCUGCAGUACCAGCCCUUCCAGUCGCCGGGGACACUUCCCACGCUCGUGCUGCGGACCACUGCCCCCAAGGCUCCCCAGCAGGAGGACAAGGUGGUGGUUUUCCAGAAGGGCGAGUUCCUGGCCGUGCGCAAUGAGACCGGGAGCUUCUACGUGUGCCGCACCGCACAGAAUGUGUACAAGAGCAGCAAGCGCUUCAAGAUCCAGUGGCUGAACAAUGACAGCGAGCCAGAUAUUUACGCUCCUGACUUUUACGACAACACGGAUUUUGAGUGCGUGCUGACCAACCUGCGGAUGCGGCGCGUGGACCGGGGUCGCUACUUGUUGCCGGACGAGGAACGCAAGCGCACGCUCAAUAUCCUGCAAAGGGCCCUCAACGUGGAGAAUGGUAUGGAUAUUCCAGAUCCUCGGCAACUAACCAUGGACGGAGUGGAUGUGUCCUUUGUGGGCAAGGAGGAAGAAGAAGAACUGUCCGAAGCUUCACCGCCGGCCACAAACUUUCGGGGUCGUCGCCGAACAAGCCAGAAAGAGGAUGUCGACAUGGAGGAGGACGAAGAAGACUCAGACUCUGAUACCGGGAGGCGCUCGAAAGGUGCCAAGGGCCGUCCUGUGGGCUCGCGCGUCAAGUUGAAAGGCAAAAAAGCAUCGAAACCUUCCUCUUCAUCCAAGUGGAGCUCAAGUACAGCACCUGUCGAAGCCCUGAGGCCAAACCCCAAAGUGGCCCUCCUCGAAAAGGACCCAUACUUUGAGUCACCUAGCCCCGAUCCAGUGACGGUGUCCACACUGGCAGACAGCAAGCUCCUCAUCCGUGCAGUGCUGCUGGGUGAUCACACAUUGUUGAAGAGUUUCUUGGCAGACCAGGACCGCAUGUGUUCAUUGGGGCUGGUCCGCAGCGUGGAUGUGAGGCUUAGUGCUCUAGACUACAGCGUGAUCCGGGAGGACUACCACUCCAUGCGCCUCCUCCUGGCUGCCACUCCGGAGCGGCUGGCUCCUCCCCCGACAAAUAUCCUUCUCUGCGAGAAAGGACCCGACAGCUACAGAUGGUUGGCAGCCGAUUCGGGUGCACCUUGGCAAAUCCCGCUGGUCAGAACGGAAGUGGCCAAAAAUGGAAACUGCGCCUUGCUCUUGGACAGUGACCAGUACGUCCGAGAGUACGGGAUCGAUCGAAAGCGUGCUGUCCAGCUUGCCAUCAAGCACGGCGUCUCGUUUCAGACCGUGGACCAGCUUCUUACAGGGCAGGAGCCACCGGAGGAACUGUGGAGCCACAUUGUCGAGGCCCUUCGUCACGGCGAAAUAACCUUGGCGGGGUCAUUAGCGAUUCGAGCCGAAAAGCACGGCCUGCCCCCACUGAACCCACUCUUCCGUCAGGUAUUGUUGAACCGUCAGCAGCCACUCUUGGAAUUUCAGCCAUCUGCAGUGCUACAGAAGACAUUGGGGCCCUAUGAGGUGACGGCCCUGCACUGCGCUGCAGUCAACCCUGAGCACAGCUACCUGGCUCACCUGCUGAGCAGCGUGCCGCACCUCGAGGUCCAGGACGGCCAGGGGUGGCAGCCCCUGCACUAUGCCGCUGUGGCCACCUGCACCGCGCCGCUGGAGCUCCUGCUUGCCAGGGGCACUUCUCUGUAUGCCAUCGACAAGAAUGGAGACACUCCACUGCACAAGGCCGCCUCUGCAGGCCGUUCAAGUAACCUGGAAGUGCUUCUUCGAUUCGCUACAGGUGCUGAGAAAGGCAGUCUGUUCAGCGCAGUGGACAAACCCAACAACGAAGGCUGGACUCCCUUACACCUGGCUGUCAAGAACAACCACCUGGAAGCCGCUCAAGUGCUGAUGCGUUACAAGGCGGAACCAAACCGCAUCCGCGGCGCUCCGUACAGCCAGAUCAGCCCGUUGAUGUGCGCGGCUCAGCAAGGCAGCUGCGACAUGGUGCACGCACUGGUUGAAGGCAGCGGUCGAAGGCUGGACGAGGGCACCGUGGAACUCCUAGACGAGUGUGGCCGCAGCGCUCUAACCCACGCUGUGCUGAAUGGCCAGACGGCCGUGUGUGCCAAGCUGUUGCGUCUCGGCUCCAACCCCAACCGAGCCGACGUCGGGGGCAACUCGCUGGUGCACUAUGCGGCUGCCUACGGCUGGCUGAGCUGCUUGCGCCUGCUUGUCGAGGCUGGGGCUGCACCACACAAGCAAAACAGCUCAAAGGCGACACCGGUGCAGGUGGCCUUUCUCAAGGGUCACAUGGGUGUGGUAGACUACCUGCUGGACCAGCCAGGUGUGGAGCUGAGUGCCGACAGCCCCACGGACUCUGCUGCCACAGGGCGGACCCUGGCCAUGCGUGCGCUGCGUUCACGCCUCAGCGGCUCCGUGUAUGCCCGGCUUCAGUUUCUGCUCGAGCGGCAGGGCUCCGACGCCAACAAGGUUGACCAGGAGGGCAACAAUGCCUUGCACCACCUUGUCCUGGCCGACAGCGAGUUCAGACACCGACAGAGAUUGGAAGAAUCGGACUUGAAACAACCAUCAUCAGACACUGCUCACAUAGAAGCUAUGCAAGCUCGGCUGGAAAAGGAGCGUAAGGAGCACAACCGUUGGUUGGAGCAAGCCACCUCGCUGCUCCUGAACAGCGGCUGCAGUCCAACCACACUCAACAAGGAACAGCUGAGUCCGCUGUCCCUCGCCCUUCACAAGGGGAGCCUCCUGGUCGUGCAACUGUUGGUGGAUGCCGGCAACCAACCCGAACUGGCUGCUCUGGAAGCCUCCCCAGACUUUCUACGCCAGGUGGCCCUCUUUGCCAGGCAGAGGGAUGUGCUGCCGUUGCUCAAUGCCCUCCUCAAGCCUCCGCCCCCACCGCCCGAAGGAGCCAAGCCGGAGGAGCAGCCGCGGUCUCUUCGAGACGUCCUUCGCGCACAGGCCAACUCGCACGACCGCGAGGGCUUCACCCCUCUGCUGGUCGCCCUGCGGACCCUGGGCGAGCUGCGCAAGCCGACGGAAGAGCAGAGUAGCCGACUGCACACGCUGCUGCGUUUCCUCCUGGAGGAGCUGGGUGCCGACGCGGCCGCAGCCGUGCGGGGGGGCCCCUCUGCCCUGCACCUGGCAGCUCGCUGCUCAGGAGCGGCGGCCGUUGACCUCCUGCUCCAGCACAAGCCCCUGCUCGAACCGCCUGACCAGGAGGGCCUCACGCCACUGGCGCGAGCGGUGGCCAGUGGGAACAGCGCUGCUGUGCACUCCUUGGUUGCCGCUGGGGCCAGUGUCAAUGUGGAUUUGCACGAUGGUGGGUCAUUCCCCGUGAGCCUCCUGGUGUACGCCGCCAUGCACAAUCUCCCCGGUGAACUCAUUCAGCUUCUCCUGAAGCACAAGGCCAACCCGAAGGCUGUCAACCAUGCCUCUGGCAACAAUGCCCUCCAUUAUUUGGUCUCGCACCGAAGCAACCCAGAGCUACUGGACACCGUGCGUGCGCUCCUGGACGCCGGCAUCGACGUCAACUCGGUGAACGCCAGGGGUCGUUCACCGCUGCACCUGGCCGCCAACGCGCACACCGGUGCGGCCGAGUGCUCGACGGCCCUUGAGGAAUUGCUGCUGCAGAAAGGGGCACGGGUGGAGGCCAGGGACGUCCGAGGGCGAAUCCCAUUGCACUACGCUUUCGUCAAAAUCCACAGACACUGGGACAACACGCCAUGUGAUCCCCUGGAGCUGGCUACCUUGCUGCAGACAACUACACAGGCUUCAUUGCUUGAACUUCAGGACGAGUUUGGCAUGACUCCGGUGCACUAUGCUGCCAUCAGAGGAUCGUCCAUGUGCAUGAAUUCUUUCAUUAAUAAGGUGAAGUCAGUUGAUAUCAAGGACAAGGCUACCAACACACCCUUGGGCUUGGCAGUCCUCAACAACCACCCCGCGUGCGCGCUGUUGCUGCUGCAGAAGGGUGCCCUCCCAACGUUGGACCUGGUAAUCCAGCGGAACGAGCCGUCGCAGCCGGGCCUGCGCUGGCUCUACGUUCGCAAGAAGAUCCGCGCCCCGCUGCACUUACCCAUCUUGCAGGAGCUCGUGAAGCGGUCAUGGCAGGGAAUUUUGCAGCAAAUCAUCGAGCAUCUAGAGCUUGGUGGCAAGGGCCUGGCUCUCGCUGUUGAGGCGGCCCUGAGGAGUUGUUCUUACGAGCUGGCGUUGAGGCUCAUUGCCAAGGUGAAGCAUGGCUGGACCCUGUACAGUGACAAGCAGACCAUGUUGCAUGUUCUUGCACGAGAGGCUCCCAGGGAUGCCCAGCUGGAAAUGCAGAUCAAGGUGGCGCAAGCUUUGAUGGACAAGGGAGUACCAGUGAUGGCACGGGACGAACACGGAUCUUCGGUGCUGACGUAUGCGGCCAUGAACUGGAACUACACCCUGUGCCAGUUUUUCCUGGACAAGAUGGGCAUGGUGGCGGCGGCGUGCGCCGACCAGGACGCCUCCCUGCGCACUCCAUUCACGGCCGCCUUCUGGAAAUUGCAAAGCGACCGCCUGCCGGAAGACAUGCAGUCGUGGUGCCUUUCGCUGCUCGAAGCAGGUGCCUCCGCAGACCUGCUGACUUGCUUUCCCCUCCAGAACUUAGAGUUUCCGGGCACGACGUGCCUGACGGACGACACGCGCAUCCACACGGCAUCUCCGACGGCUGCGCGCCUGUCGCCUCUGAUAUUGGCAGUGUGCAAGCGCAACUACGCGGUAGUCAGAAUGCUGCUACGAGCGGGGGCCAACGUCAACUUCCGAGAUGGCCAGCAGCGCACAGCCCUCAUGUACGCCGUCAGACUGAACGACAUCAAGAUGGCCAAGCUGUUGCUGAACGGCAGCUACGACCCUGAGCGGGACACAGACCCGUACGGGGACGUGCGGCGCACGGGCUUCAAGAAGACGAGCCCCGUGGACCUGACGCACCAGGACAUGUACGGCUGGAACGUGAUGCACCACGUGGUGGCGCCGCUGGCCAACUACACCUUCUGCUGCCCCGCUAUGCUGCAGCUGCUGGUGCACGUGGGCACGCCGCUGGACGCACCCGACAGCAAUGGCGUCACUCCACUGCAGCUCGCGGCUGCGCGCGGCGUUGCCACAAUAACACACGCUCUCCAGAGCGCCAUGCAGUUGGCGCAUGACCAGGUGCCCAAGGUUGCCGUGCACUCUCUGCCUCCUGCGGUACACCCCAAGGAGCUUGGAGAAGUCAAGUUCACUUCAAAUUUCGUCGACGACUCAAAAGCAUUCUUGGAGAAGUUCUCCGCCGCGGCCACUUCCAACCAGAAGGACUCGCGGGAAGCAGUCCCUGACCCUUUUGCCAACAUGGACGAUGGGGAGGUGGUCACGGACAAGGCUCAAAACGUGCCGUACGACGCACUCCUCACCAUGGUCGAUCUGAGCUAUGGCCAGUUUGGUCUGUACAGUUUUUACAAAAUGCAGCUUAUUCAGCGAGGAAGUCUCGUGGUGCUAUUCUGUCGCUGGGGCCGUGUCGGCGACUCCGGCCAGUGGUCCCGAUCGUGCUUCAGCGCAGUCACUGAGGCAGCUCGUGAAUUUGCGCGCCUCUUCCGCUCAAAGACUGGCAACGCUUGGGAGGACCAGCAAAGCUUCAAGGCCCAGCCGCGUAAGUACCGGGCCGUGCAGUGGGAGAAACGCAAGAGCCCUCCGCCCAGCAAUAUUCCCAUCAGCCUUGGCGAUCCGUGCAAGUCGCUGCUUCCCCCGCCCCUACAAGAUCUGAUGCGUAAACUGGCGAACCCCGACAUGCUGGUGAGCACCCCACUGCAGCUGGGUGCCCAGGGUCAGGUGGCACUGGAGCUGCUCAGUGCCGAGUCCCUGUCCACUGCGCUGGCCCUGCUUGAAGACAUCCAUCAGUUGGUGCGCGAGAAGGCCUCGCUGCAGGCGUCCCUGGAGCGCUCAGCUGAACAGCAGGAGGGCAAGCUCCAAGAACUGCUGUCUCGCCUGGUGGAGAAGAGCGAGGAGCUGUACUGCCUGGUGCCCGUGCGGGGACGCCGCUUCGAGCGGCUCGAGCCCCUGUUCGAGGAGCGGGGCGUGUCGCGUCAUGCGGACCUGGUGCACAGCCUGGUGCACCUCCACCUUGCCCACCAGCUGCUUAUCGGAGCACAGCUCAGAGCACCUGAGGUGCACCCACUGGACUACGUGUACCUCAGCUUGCGCUGCAAGAUGCAGCUCCUGACGGAAGAGGGUGCCGAAGUCCAGACUAUGUUGCAAUACGUACACAACUCUUCUGAGAAGCCUCCCAAGGUACUGCGGAUGUUCCGACUGACGCGAGACGGGGAGAACCAGCGCCUGGCCUCCUGUGGGGUGGACAACCACUGGCUUCUGUGGCACGCCGUUCAACCGUACAACUUAUUGGGCAUCCUAGCCUCUGGGCUCGAGCCGAGGCUUCUGGUCGAUCACUGGAUGGGCGACCACCAGGCCAAGGGAAUCUGUUUGGCUGACCGCUUCGAACAAGCACGUUGGCUAUGCCAGUCUGGCUCUGUGGCGCCCGGUCCCAAGUACAUGCUGUUGUGUGAGGUUGCCCUGGGUCGAUGUCGGGACCUGGACCUUGGUCCGUCCGGCAACACGGAGCCCGGUUCUCCCGGAAGUCAUGAGAGCACUCGGGCUCUUGGUCGCUGGCAGCCCCAUAUCCUGGGCACAGUCACGUGGCACAGUUCUACGGUGCCGUUGGGUCCCAGCAACAAGGCCGAGCCUCACCAGAGCCCCCUGAAUUACAAUGAGUACGUAGUCUACAAGCCGGCCCAGGUGUGCCUCCGCUACCUGCUGGAGUUUGAGGACUGAUCAAGUGGCAAGAACAAGACAACAGAGACAACCUUUUUAGAAUCGGGGAAGGGCGUUGGGGAGGGGAGGGGGGGGACACUUUUCACUGGGGAAGCGGUUCAAAGAGCCCAUCUCUUACCACGGGAAUGAAAAUGUUUUUCUUCUCUCAUCGUCGUUCAUGGCCAUUGGGACGCAUACCACCUCAUUGUGCAGGAGAAUGUUUAAACGCGCGCACUUUUUUUUUUUUUUCUUCUCUCUCUCUCUUCCCCCUAAUAUGUACAGUCCAAGGCCAAUAAUUAGUUGGCUUUGGCAGCAAGAGAACUGCCUCUCAAUAAAAUGUCAGACGUAAGCGA